AUGGGGAAGAUUGUAUUUUUCGAGGAUAAGAAUUACCAAGGCCGAAGCUAUGAGUGCAGCACUGACUGUCCUGAUCUGCGCUCUUUCUUCAACCGCUGCAACUCUAUUAAGGUAGAGAGUGGCUGCUGGGUCCUGUAUGAACGUCCCAACUACACCGGCAACCAGUACAUCCUGAGCUCAGGGAAAUACCCUGAUCACCAACAGUGGAUGGGAUUCAAUGAUAGCAUCAAGUCAUGUCGCUCUAUCAAAAAUGUGUAUGGAAAGUCCUGGAAGAUCAGAUUCUACGACAAACAGGAUUUUGGAGGUCAAGGAGCAGAGUGUGUUGAAGAUUGCCCAUCAGUUUACGAGGCCCUUAAGUUCCGGGAAUUUCACUCUUGUGUGGUGAUGGAUGGUGCGUGGGUCCUAUAUGAGCAGUCCAACUAUCAUGGACACCAGUACUUCCUGGAACGUGGCGAAUAUCACAACUACACAGACUGGGGCGCCGCCUCCCCUGCUGUGGGAUCCUUCCGCAUGAUCACAGAGUUCUAGAGCAGAAGUGGCCACAGAGGUUUCUGAAACCCAUAAUUGAGUUAUUUUUAACGAAAAGACCGCCAAAGUUCAGGAAUUUUUAAAAAAUCAAGCUCCUGAUCUAGGACAUGAGUUCCAAAGCUGUAACAAAACCAAAAUUCAAAAUUCUUUCAAAAGUUCAGAGUUCCAGAUUUCUUUAAGCUCCAAGGUGUUCAGAGUUCCAGAAGGCUAAGAUCUGAGAACCUUUCAACCUCCCAUCUGCUUUUUCCAUUUGGACAGCUAUCCUUCUCCCUAGAACCCUGUACUGCACUCAAAGAAAUAAAAUUCUUUCUGAGCCAUAA